AUGUCUUUCUAUCCAAUCUUGCAUAGUGACAUGGUUACAGCAGCAAAUGUAUUUAAAGUCAAGCUGAACGUCUUGUCAUGUGAAAAGGUUAGUGCUAAGCCUAAUGGUGGUAUGGUGGUUGAUCCUACGGGAUUUCAAUUAAAGGAAAAGACACGUAAUGGAAGGUUGGAAUCGACAAGAUAUCUGAUAUCACAUCGCCGGCUUGUCAGCACUGCGAGACAAUUGUUUCACGAUAGUAUGCUAUUUAAUCUGAUGACAUCUCAUAGU